ACCCUCCGCGCGUUCCGUUUCGCGCGAUUACUGAUAAACAUCUAGUGUUACGGAUAUUCUCUGAAAAAGUGAAAAUGAGGUGGACAUAUCUCAUAGCGUUACUGAUCCUAGGAGUUGUGUUCGCUUCAGAGGAGGAGGACGGAGUACCGGACGCCGAAGUCGACGGCGACGACGAGGACGAAUUGGCGUUAGACCAAGAGGAAUCACGAAACUUGAGGCCACGCGCAUACUCACCGUCGGCAUAUCCUAACACGCUAGCAUCAGGUUUUCGACCGACGCCCUCUCUCGCUGAGCUCGCGGGGUACCAGCGACCCCAGCAACAUCAGCAGCAGCAGCAACAGCAGCAGUACCAGCAGCAGGAGGAGUACGUGGUGACCGCUAGACCCCAGGUGCAGUACGUCGAGGAGCAACGACCGGUCGCCAGAGCGCCGCACAGGAAGCAACAAGAGCAACGUCCCUCCAAACUCCAGCAGUUGUCUGAAGAGGAGGAAGAUGAGAAGGAGGAGCCCGACCGUCUGUCCGAGCUGCUCCAGCAGUCCAAGUUCAACUGCGUCAACAAGAACACCGGCUACUACGCCGACGAGGAACUCAACUGCGAAGUGUUCCAUUACUGCCAGGAUAACGUCAAGCACUCCUGGAUCUGUCCUGAUGGAUUUACUUUCCACCAAGUCCAUCUAAUCUGCAUGCCUCCGACCCACGACAACAUCUGCACGAAGUCGUCCAAGUAUCACUUCGUCAACGAUUACCUGUACAGACCGGUAAACGAGGAGGAAGUGCAGCGUAAGCCCAACGUGUCGCUGCGCUACUCCGACAGAUACUACCCAUCUGAGGUGUACAGGGAUGACAGAUACGACCAGGAAGAGGAGGAAGAGGAAGAGGCACCACGCAGGGCGCCUGCUCCCAUCCAACAGGCCCGACCCUCGCCCAGACCUCAGUAUCCCUCACAGGUGUUCCGGACCGCUGAGGAAGUCAACAUCCCGCUAGUUCAGCGACGGCCGCAGAGACCUUACGACUUCGAAAACUAAGACUCGAUUACAUUAUUCCAAAAUGCAAGGAAAUUUUUUGGCGUUAUAAAUGUAUGCCAUUUUAUACCAGUUUUGUAAAUUGAAGCCGAUAAUUCAGCGUGCUUCAUUAAAAAGUUUUCCUGCAAAUCGGAUAUUAUUAAUCGAUACUUAAGCUAAUUUAUUGUCCGUCUGUUUUAAGCUUGUAACAAUAGGUUUGAAUUUAUUCUUAUU